AAAGUCAACAAGGCAAACCCCCAUUCUACUCUCUUCUCACACUGUUUGCAGUUUGCAUUUAAAUGAAUCUCAGGAUGAAUCUCAGGAACGAUUUCAAAUGUAAACGGUUCCACCGACGUGACUCUAAACAACGUGGUCUUAGACAAACUCAAAGCGACAGUGAUAUUUCCAACAUAAAAAGAAAAAGGUAAAGACAGAGAGGACGUGUACGACCAAUGGAGCAGAUGACAGCAGAAGUAACCAGAGGAUAAAGGAGACAUAACUCAGAGGCCUGCAUCGACACUGGACAGAAUAACGUAUGCAAUAGUAACAAGACCAAUAGAGACCCACAAGACGAGCCGACGACCGCAAAACCCUCCUGCUUAGAAAGUCAGCAUGGGUGACGACUUCAAUGUCCUCCGGCUGGACGGAUGCUUUUGCGACGCGGUCAUCAGAGUCCAGGGCGUAUCGUUUAACAUCCACCGGGUGAUCAUGUCAAACUGCAGCCCGUACCUGCACCUGAAUGUCUUCAGAUGUGCGUCACCUAAAGACCAAAAGGUCUUCGACAUACCCGGCAUCUCUCCCGACAUGAUGCAGCUCAUCGUUGAGUUUGCAUACACCGGCUCUGUUUCUGUGACGGAGGAAAACGUGCGGGAGCUGCUGCUGGCAGCCCAACAGCUCCAAGUGGCGCACAUCGUGCAAACUUGUGUCGACUUCCUGGUGGAGCAGCUCUGCCCGAGGAACUGCGUCGGCCUCCUUCAGUUCUCCAACCUCUGCCUCGCCUCCAGGCUGCGGGACAAGGCCUACCGCCACGUCAUUGAUCACUUUGACGAGGUCGUUUUCUCUGAAGAGUUCCCGCAGCUCUCUGUGCACGAACUCACCGGCAUCCUCGCUAGUGACGACCUGAAUGUGAAUAAAGAGAGCACCGCGUACGACGCCGUCCUCCGCUGGAUUGCCAACGGACCCGAAGAUCGGAAAGAACACAUCACGGGGCUCAUGUCUAAGGUCCGGCUGGGCUUGACGGGAAUGGACUUCAUCAUUACCAGAGUGAUGCAGAAUGAGUUGAUCAGCAACAACCCCGAGUGCCGGGAUUUGGUCCUGGAAGCCGUCAAAUGCUUACAAAACAUCACGUCCAAGAGACCUUCUGGGUCUCACCUCUCCAGCACGUCGAACCGCCCUCGCCUGCCCAACGCCGUCAUGUUGGCCAUCGGCGGCUGGAGCGGCGGCGGCCCGACAAACGGCGUCGAGGCGUACGACAUCCGCGCAGACCACUGGAUCAACGUGACGGUCGCCCAGGAGCGCCCGCACGCCUACCACGGCACGGCCCUCCUCGACGGGAGCGUCUACUGCGUCGGUGGCUUCGACCGGGCGGAGCAACUGAACAGCGUGCGCAGGUUUGACCUGAGCGCGCACACCUGGCACGAAGUGUCGCCCAUGAUCGACCGCCGGUGCUACGUGAGCGUCACCGCGCUGGACGGCUACAUCUACGCCAUGGGGGGCUACGAUGGGUACGCGCGACUUUGCACCGCGGAGCGCUUCAGGCCCGAGGCCAACCAGUGGAGCCCCAUCGCACCGAUGCAGGAGCACAGGAGCGACGCCAGCAGCGCCACGCUCCACAGCGCGGUAUACAUUUGUGGUGGUUUCAAUGGGAACGAGGUCCUGCAAACGUGCGAGUGUUACAGCCCAGAGACGAACCAGUGGACAAUGAUCCGCCCCAUGAGCUGCCAGCGCAGUGGAAUCGGCAUCGUUGCUCAUGCGGGCCGCGUCUAUGCGGUCGGCGGCUUUGACGGCCUCAGCCGUCUGUCCUCGGCAGAGGCCUACAACCCUCGCACCGACACCUGGCUGGAAGUAAAGUCCAUGAUGACGCCGCGCAGCAACUUCGGCAUCGCGGUGCUGGACAACCACGUCUUCGUUGUCGGGGGCUUCAACGGCUUCGAAACGGUCAACAACGUGGAGCGCUACGACGCGACGACCGACACGUGGGCGGCCGCUUGCAAGAUGGACAUCUCCCGCAGUGCCCUGAGCUGCUGUGUGGCGUCUCCGCUGCCCAACAUGGCCGAGUACGUGGUGUCCCGCCACCUCCUGCCGCGUAAUGAUUCGGACGACGCGUGCAGCGAACCAGAGGACUCGGACGCUCGGAUGCUCCUGACCUGCGACAUCUUCCAGCCGGGAGGAGAACUAGUUGACCACAUUUAAUCUUGCAUUGACCUGGUGUUGCUGAGAGUAAUUAAUAAUUAUUUAGAAUUUCAAAAUAAAGAGUUAGUGUAUCAAUGGGAUCAUUUAGCUCUUAAAAAAAAAAAAAAAGAGUACGCCAAAAUCAUCAUUUACCAUCAAACUAUGUGUAUCAUCGCAUUCCAUCGAGCUUCCAAGACCAUUAAAGGAAAUAUAAAUUAUACCACAACUAUCAAUCCAUUACUUGUCUUAUAUUUGUCCAUUAAACAUUAUUAUUUUUUUCAUAUUCAUGUCUUUUUUUUAUCUAAUCGGACAACGUUUUCAGAUGAGCCUAAAAUAUUCAGCUGAAAUACCCUUCAAAUAUGCGUGGAAUGCAGGUAAUUUACAAGUCAAAUUCAAAUGCAGGUGAAACGUAGAUGGAAUGCAGGUGAAACAGCUGACUGACUGUGACAUCGAUCUCCACCCGUCACUCCCUUCACACUCCACAAUGCACACGCAAAGAUUUGAAUGACCACCGGGUUCCAACACAUAUAUAACCAG